AUGCUGCGGCUUGUCGUGUGGUCGGCCGAGAUUAGCCCACCCCUGAGCCCCCCACCCAGAUCCUGCGUGUCCGUGUACUUCAGAGAUGUCAAGAGGACAACUCAUGAGGUGGAAGGCAAUCACCCCAUAUGGAACGAGACCCUCAUCUGGUACCUCUGGAACCGCCCCCUGCAAAAGGACUCUUUCCUGCAAAUCACCCUUCGGGACAUGGGCUCAGUAAAGACGGAAAGGUUCAUUGGCCUGGCCACAAUACUGCUCAAGCCCUUGGUGAAUAAACCAAGUAAGAUCCUUUUCGUGAAGGACCUGACCCUGCUCAACCAUUCCAUGAUGCCCACAGAUUGCACUCUCACCCUACAGGUGGCCCUUAUGACCUACAAGGAUAUCGAGAAGAUAGGUGAUGAAGACCACCUGGCCAUAAUGGCACAAGAGGUGGCCAGGCAGAAACGGAUGUUUCCCAGCUCCGCUGUACACAAGGCUCUGUCCCCAAAGCCUCAGCACUUCCAGGUCCGAGUGAAGGUGUUUGAAGCACGGCAGCUCAUGGGCAAGGACAUCAAGCCGGUGGUGAAGGUGGUCAUCGGAGGCUACCAGCACCACACGCGGAUCAAGAUGGGAAAUAACCCUUUCUUCAAUGAGAUCUUCUUUCAGAAUUUUUAUGAGGUUCCUGCAAAAUUCUUCGAUGACACCAUCUUAAUCCAGGUGAUGAAUUCCUCAGUGAUGAGAUUCAAUGCAGAGAUCGGGAGAUUCCAAACAGAUAUUGGGUUCAUCUACAACUCUCCAGGUCACACACUCCUGAGGAAAUGGCUUGGUCUCUGCCAGCCAAAUGAACCCAGCAGUGGUGUGAGAGGCUACCUGAAAGUCACCAUCUCUGCCCUCGGUGUGGGAGACCAGGCACCGGUAGAUCAAAAGCUGACCUAUAGGGCUGAUGACACUGACAUUCAGAUCUUCAAGUCAUCGGUGGUGCCCAUCAAUAUGGCCUACUUACAAUUCUUCAUCUACUGCGCCGAGGAUCUCCACCUCAAGAAACACCACUUAGUGAGUCCUAUGUUGGAGGUGGAACUAAUUGGGGAAAAGCUCAAGACACACGUGCGGAUGCAAACCGAGAGCCCGAUAUGGAACCAGAUCCUGACCUUCCAGAUUCAGCUGCCCUGCCUCUCCAGCUACAUCAAGUUCAGAGUCUUGGACUGCCCCGGGAACAAGUGCCAUGAUGAGAUCGGGACGGUCAGCCUGUCCCUCAACCAGAUCUCUUCCACUGGAGCAGAAAUAGAAGGCAUGUACUCUGGCUUCCUCCCCUGCUUUGGCCCCAGCUUCCUGACUCUCCGUGGGGGUAAAAAGGCCCCUUUCAGGAUCAAGGAGGAAGACGCUACUAUUCCCAACAUUGUUAAGGAUGGUUUAGCUUAUCGAGGCCGAGUCUUCCUGGAGUUAAUCACCCACGUCAAGUCCCGCCAAGAUGCUAUGAUGAAGGAUCUCUCCCGAGAUGUCAUCAGCGUAGAGAAGCACCAGAACCGCCAAAAGUAUGGACUGUGCGUCAUCUUCCUUUCCUGUACCAUGAUGCCCAACUUUAAGGACCUGAUACAAUUCGAGGUCAGCAUUGGUCACUAUGGAAACAAGACGGACCUGAGUUACAAGCCUCUCGUCUCCACCACACAGUACAGCCAAGUGAUAUAUGAUGGGAACAUCUACCAUUAUGUGCCCUGGUACAACACCAAGCCCGUCGUGGCCGUGACCUCCUACUGGGAGGACGUCAGCUUCCGCAUGAACUGCCUCAACCUCCUCCAGUUCACUCGGGACCGCCUGAAAGCCAAUCUGGACACCCUGAAAUCCAUGAGGAAUCCAAGGGACCCGGCUCUGCUCCCCCAGUGGGAGAAACUGCUGAGGGAGCUGAUGGAGGACUGCAGGUGCCCACUGCCCUGCAUGGCUGAUCAGCCCAAAGCAACCGACCUGGACAAGAAGAGGUGGCAGCUCCGCAGCCUCCUUCUGCAGGAGCUGGCCCGGAAGGCCAAGGAAGCCCAGCCCAGGGACAUGGUGGCCACCGUGGAGGGCUGGCUGUACCGCCUCAAUGCCGUGCUCCCCGAGCCCCAGACAAACCUCCCGGAUGUGAUGAUCUGGCUGAUGUCCCGGGAGCAGCGAGUGGCCUAUGCACAGGUGCCCGCCCACACCAUCCUGUUCUCCCCGACCGGGGACCGGCACUCCGGCAGGUUCUGUGGGAAGACACAGACCCUCUUCCUGCAGUACCCAGAGGGUGAAGGAAAGAAGGACACGCUCCCAGCCCAGCUCCGGGUCUGCAUGUGGCUCGGCAACGUGACCGACAGCAAGGAUCUGCAGCUGCUCUGCCAGGGCGAAGUGGUCGUGUCCGCGGAGACGUAUGAGAAUCAGGCCAAGUAUAAGGACCAGUGGGGACAGCAGUGGCUGCAGCACUGCCCCAGCUUCUCGGACGUCACGGGGCACAAAGCCCUCCCCAAGGAAGAUUUCAAGGAGCCCCAUGGAUGGCACUGGCAGGGGUCAUGGACAGUUGAACCUCAGCGGAGGCUCCUCCUGGACACAGACAUCAACAAGAGCCAGGUGCUUGAGGAGGUGUAUGAGAACCAGCGCCGGGACACCACGGGGGCCUGGGUGCCUGCCGCCAUCCCCAACACAGACGUGAACGGAGAACCCGUGGAGGCCCGGGAGAAUGUGAAGUGCCCCCAAGGCUGGCACGCGAAGAAGAACUGGGCUGUGGAGCUGAACCACGCAGUGGACAGUGAAGGCUGGGAGUACGGAGUGGGCAUCCCGCCCUCGGGGCUGCCCCAGGUCUGGAACUCGGUGGAGAAGACCUACUACUCCUGCCGCCGCCGGCGCUGGGCGCGCGUGCGCUACCGGGACCACGGGAGGCUGAGCCACGAGCAGGAGACCCUGUCUUUCCUGCAGCUGGUGAGGGGCCGCCUGGACGAGGAAGGCUGGGAGUACGGUGUCUUCGGCUCCAAGUUCCACCUGAACCCUCAGCCCCAGAGCCAGUUCCGCCGCCGCCGCUGGCACCGCAGGCUGGCCCCCAACAAGGUCAAGGGCAUUGCACCCAUAUUCCUCCUGGAGGGAUCCUUGAGUCUAGAUACGAAACAGCAAGCUAAGAAGGAAGCGGACAUGGUGUCGUCGACACAGAGACUGGACAGAAUCAGGAGCUCCUGGAGGGCUCCCCCAGAGAUCACCCAGCCACCCAACCUGCCCUUCAUCUACUGCAUCUUCAACAAGCCCCACUACUACCAGCUCUUCUGCUACAUCUACCAGGCCCGGAACCUGAUGUCCAACCACAUCCAGACAUUCCAGGCGCCCUUCAUUCGGUUGGUCUUCUUGAACCACAGCCAGUGUACCCAAACCCUGAAGAGCUCUGCAGCCCCUACGUGGGCCCAGACGCUCAUCUUCCAGCACCUCCUCCUGUACGAGAACCCCCAGGACACCAAAGAGAGCCCACCACUCGUGGUGUUGGAACUGUGGCAGCGGGACCCCCAGGGCAAUGAGAGCUUGUGGGGACGGAGUAUGUGGUCACCGGUGGUCUGGCUGGAUGUCCAAAAACGGAUCCUGCCCCCCAUGAGGUGGCACCCCCUUGUAAAAGGGUUGGAGGAGGAAGAGGGCGAGAUCUUGGCAUCCUGUGAGCUGAUCCUCGAGACUGAGGUGCUGGGAGAGAGGGACCCGCUGGGACAGCUGCCAAUCUUAAGUGUUCCCUGGAAGAGUGGGAUCUACAUCCUCCCCAAGAGCAUCCAGCCCACGCUAAGGAAAAUGGCUAUUGAGAUGCUGGUCUGGGGCCUUCGGAACAUGAAGCAGGUGCAUUCGCCCCGGCUCCUGGUGGAAUGCUGGGAAGAGUCCGUGCAGACAGAGCCCAUCAGGGACUUCCAGACCAAUCCCAACUUCACCCAGUCAACCCUCUUCCUCACGCUGUACAUGCCUACGGAUGAGGCCUUCGCGCUGCCCCUGGUGCUGAAGGUGGUGGACAACCAGGACUUCGGCCAGGAGACCGUGGUGGGUCAGGCCAACGUUGACUCCCUGCAGCCCUACUUCUGUGACCCCUGGGCUGAGGACUACAUGCCCCCACGGCCUCCAAUGCUGUCUGUGAAGAAGUACCAGGAGCUCCUAGGUUACCUUUAUGAAAAGUUCUGGUUCAAGUCCAGCAACGCUGAGGAUGAACACGACCAGGAAGUGGACUGGUGGAGCAAGCUGUUCUGGGCCACAGGAGAUGCUCCCCUGUCCCUAAAGUACAAGUACAAAGAGUAUCACACCCUGAAGGUAUACGACUGCGAGCUGGAGGCCGUGCCAGCCUUCCAGGGCCUGCAGGACUUCUGCCAGACCUUCAGACUCUACCAAGAAUGGCCCAAGCUGGACAGCCCUGUGGUAGGGGAGUUCAAGGGCCAAUUCCGUGUCUACCCCUUUCCUGAGAAUCCAGACACCCCCAAGCCCCCUCGCCAGUUCCUGCCUUGGCCUAAGAAAGAGGACUUCCCUCAGCAGUGCUUGGUGCGGGUGUACGUGGUGCGAGCAGCCAACCUGCAGCCCCAAGACACCAACGGCCUGUGUGACCCUUAUGUGAUCCUGAAACUGGGAGAGACAAAGCUUGGCAACCGGGACAAGUACCAGCCCAACACUCUGGACCCCAUCUUUGGCGUGAUGUUUGAAAUGAGCUGCACCAUCCCCCUGGAGAAGGACCUAGAGAUCCAGCUGUAUGACUUUGACCUAUUUUCACCCGAUGAUAAGAUUGGAACCACAGUCAUUGACCUUGAAAACCGACUCCUGUCUGGCUUUGGAGCUCGUUGUGGGCUCUCCAAAUCUUACUGCCAGUCAGGGCCCUUUAGGUGGCGGGAUCAGAUGCCCCCAAGCCUGCUCUUGGAACACCAUGCCAGGCAGAAAGGACUGCCUCCGCCUCUGUUCAGCCCUGAGGAUGACUCUGCGUUUUACAAUGGGAAAAAAUUCAGACUGCAAAGCUUUGAGCUGAAGCCCCCUACUGCUCGCUUUUUGGGAUCUAAGAAAGAACGCCUUGCGCUGUACCUCCUGCACACCCAGGGACUGGUACCUGAGCACAUGGAGACCCGCACGCUGUACAGCGACAGCCAGCCGGGCAUCGACCAGGGAAAGGUGCAAAUGUGGGUGGACAUCUUCCCCAAGAAGCUUGGGCCUCCUGGCCCCCCAUUCAACAUUAGGCCCAGAAAGCCUAGAAGGUAUGAGCUGCGCUGCAUCAUCUGGAAAACUGCCCACAUGGACCUGAAGGAGAACAGUUUAAGUACCGAGAGGAUGAGCGACGUCUAUGUCAAAGGGUGGUUAUUUGGGCUGGAGAAGGACAUGCAGAAGACAGAUGUCCACUACCACUCCCUGACGGGGGAGGGCAUCUUCAAUUGGCGGUUCAUCUUCACCUUGGACUACCUGGCAGCAGAGCAAGCGUGCGUCUUGAGUCAGAAGGACUACAUAUGGAGCCUGGACCCCACGGUGAUGAAGUUCCCAGCCCGGCUCAUCAUCCAGAUCUGGGACAAUAACAUCAUCUCCGCGGAUGACUUCCUAGGGGUCCUAGAGCUGGAUUUGUCUGACAUGCCCCUCCCGGCCCGGCGCGCCAAGCUAUGCUCCAUCAGGAUGAUGGAUGCUGACCCCAAGUGGCCUCACUUCCUCCAGUACAAGCACUGCUCCCUCUUUAAGAUGAAGACUGUAAGCGGCUGGUGGCCUUGCCAGGUCCUCGAUGGCGGCAAAUGGCGCUUGUCGGGUAAAGUGAAGAUGACCCUGGAGAUUUUGACAGAGAAGGAAGCCUUAAUCAAGGCAGCAGGAAGAGGCCAGUCGGAACCCAACCAAUACCCUACACUCCAUCCUCCCCUACGCACCCAUACCUUGCUCAUGUGGUUUCGGUCACCCAUUACAAGGUUCAUCCAUGUUUUCUGGAAACGCUACCGCUUCAAAUUCAUAGCCAUCUCAAUCAUCCUGCUUAUAGGGCUUCUGCUGUUCAACUUUAUCUAUUCAGCUCCGAACUAUUUGGCCAUGAGCUGGGUCAAGCCUGAACUUCGGCUGAACGCUCCCAUUCAAAUAUAUGCCAAAAUCAUCAAUUCACUAAACACCAGCAACGCCAACCCUUCCAACCUCGCCACUCCCAUCAGAACCUGAAAUCUACAACAGGCCAGAAGCUGAAACUCCUCCAGGGACACAUAAAUCACCUGUGAGCUAUCUUCCCAGAACUUCCAGCCCCGCCAGACUAAUCCCCCCCGUGUCUGCCAGGCUUCUCUCCUGCCCAUCCACAGCACUACCCUUGGGCUUCCUACCAGUUCCUUGUUUCCGGGGUCUAGGGAUAUUUUGACCAUUCUGUUCAGACCACUUCCAACAAGAAGGGCAGAGUUGUAAUUUUCCACUGAAAUAAACAACUUUUGUAACG